AUGUCCGCCAUACUUGCGCCAGCGAGAAUGAAGGAUGAAGAGCAAGGCGUGUACUCUGCACUACCCUCAUCGCCAUCGCCAAGCUUACCGAAUCUGGGCUCCAUCGUCGCGCGCGCAUCGAGCCCACAGCAGCUCAAGUCAACGCCCGAACUCGGCAGCCGCCCUCAACCUCCACCCCUCGUCUCGCGCAUCUCUGCGCAAUCCUUACGCAGCAACGCUUCCUCCCCCGUCGCCUCCAUUCCGGAGGACGGGCCAUAUCACGCCACCAAGCUGCAGACGCAGGCAAGACGCUCCUCCGUGCUCAGCACGCCCACGUCUCGACCCGGCGGGGGAGGCGUAGCUGGGUCCCGAGGGAGUAAAUCUCGGCUGGACAUGUCGCGAGAGGGCGUAGAGAUGAACUCGCUGGGGAAAGUAGGGGGAGGAACUGGCGGGACCAUCUUCACUGCAGUGACUACGGGAUCGAGCAAGGAGGAUCUAGCUAUGGCUAAAUGGCGGAAAUGGGCCGUAGAUCAACCUCCCGUAGCAUCACCACACACCCAGACAACGCCCAUCCGCUCGCGCAAGGCGUCCUCCAGCAGCUUGUCUUAUGCUGUUUCCCCUACAACUAUCCCCUCCGCUUCCCAUUCCCCACUCCCGCUAUCUACGGCUACAUCCCCUCUCCACAUCCCAGGCUUCUCCUCACGCCAUCCAUCGGAUGCCCCAUCUUACGUCGAAGCAUCCUCGACGCGGUCGGCGUCUGCCUCUGCCUCGGCAUCAGGCUCCGGACGGCAGGGACCCCGCGUCUUCAACAGCGGCGAGAUCUACCUCACAGACUCGGUACGAGCUCUGCAAGAUGUGGAGCUGGCGGUCGACGAGGACAUCAUGGCGCGUACAACAGCUCAAUCUCGGCAACAUAGUCGGCUCCUAUCAACUCAUCCCCGCGUAUCCGUCGUCGACAAUGCCUUCAUGGACAUUGUAGACCGGUUGGUAUCACGGCGGAUCAGGCCGAUCGUGCUGGAGCUCGUACAUGCUCUUGGACAUUACAUCUACAUCCUAUGGUCUAUGACCUAUCCGGAACGACCCUGCCCGUGGAUCAUGACGGCGAGCGACAAUACCCAGCCCCCACUCCUUCGAGGCUGGCGAUCCUACACCAUCACCGCGGUCGCGGAACAUCGAGCGGCAGGGGCCGAGCUCGCCACUCCCUCUCCAAUCACAUUGGCUUUCUGGCGGGCGGAGGUCGGAUACGCCUUGAGAGACGUGGAGGAGGUGGUAGGGGUAUGGAAGAAGAGGGGACGAAUCUUCGCGUCGAGUCUCGAGGCGGGGCAGUACGGGCAGGUCGAAGAUGGGAACGUGCUAGGGACGGAAGACGCAGGAGCGGGUGGCAAUAUGGCGCGGCUACUGAACGAUCUGGAGGAGGCGAUAUGGGGCGAUUCUCUCCCUCGGUCGACCGAUCUGGUCCUGGUCCUACCUGCCGAUUUCGAUCCCUACGCUAUACCAGUUGGACAGGGGGUGUUAUCGCCUGCCGGCGGUGGUCCUUCGUCACUCGGCGACGCGUUCGGUCCCCCUACCACUAUACGGUCUCCCAUCAGCGGUUCUUCACACGUCGCAAUGGAUGAUGUCUACGCCAUGCCCGAUCUGAUAUCUCCAUCACCGGGUCAUGUGCUGGAUACAGCAGGACGGCAGCUGGGCGACGAGGCAGGGGAUACGGUUGGAUAUGACUUGUUGUCAACAAGGGGAAACAGAGCGACGACUGGGGCGCAUACGAAUCAGGGAGUGGUGCAGGCGUGGGCGUGGCAGGCUCGAGCGAGUGUGGCUGCGCAGGGUGGCCUGUCCGGGCCUAGUGGAGAGGGAGGGGCGGAGCUUGCCCAGCUCACACUCGAGGAAGUAGGGCGGCAGAGGCACGCGGAGUGGUUGGCGAGUCAGCGGAGUUGA